CCCUCUAACUCUCAUCCUCCCUCCCCUUCCACUGCGGUAAGACAUAAGCGACCACGACUGCCAACGAUAACCACGCUGGCAACGCGUGCUGUAUCGUACCUACAAGUGUUCGUAUAGUACAGUACUCGUACAGUACUCGUACACAUACACACAUACGGUACUAGUACAUACUGUGCACACACACACACUCUCUCUCUCUCCCACUCUCCUUCUCCCUCUCCCCAGCCCCGAUUUACCUUCUCAUCAUCCCUGCAACCGGCUGAUACAGCCAUCCUAUCACUUCAAUCUGAAUCAAACCCCAUUCAGGGGAACAGCCAACCGACAAAUUGAUGCAAAAACAAACAACUUGAACUUCCGUCCCAAAUUUCACUCCUACGACCACCACCUCCUCCACCGUAGCAUAUACAUGCCCCCUCUCCCUCUUAUACCUAACUAGACACGCUAGAAGUGUUUCCCUCUUCUACGACUUUCAUUCACUGUAGCAUACAGUAGAUACCGGUAGAUCUCCUUUAUUUCUUAUUUUCCUCAUUCUCGGCCCAUCAUCCACAGCAUGGCGCACGCUCUCUACGACCUGCACGUUGACGCCGCGUUUGUUGAUGAGGACACUUCGAUAGACGGGUACGAUGACGACAGCAUGUUGAUUGCCCCCCGGGGCAACGAAGACGGGAAGUUCGCCGGCAGGGGCGGUGGUGGAGAUGCUGGUGUUGGCGAUGGAGGCGGGGGGUUAGGUUCCCUAGCAGACGAGCUCGCCGGGGCCAUGUACGAUUCCGGUGAGGAGUAUGAUGAUGAUGAUGAAGACGCCGGCGAGGGGAAUGAAUAUGAGGAGGGUGGGAACGGACGCCAGGAUGGGGGCAGGGAGGAUGAUGGUGGUGGUGCUGAGGGACUAAGUGGUGGUGGUGGCAGUGGUGGGGUAGGACGGGGAUGGAGGGGAGGGGCUACGAGUGAUUAUGACGGGAGCGAAUAUGGUGAUCUGGAGGAUCUCACAGCUGGAAUAUCGGUUGCGCUUGAGGAAAAAAUUGGACAGAUUGAGAAAUUGGCUGCCCGGAAUGAAGCAACGACGACGGGAGAGGAGGACGGCGAGAUCGUACCCAAGCUAAUGGAGGGUUUGCAAAAGCUGCCGCCGCAGAGCGGUCUCGAAUCAGGGUGUACUCGGUAAACCCCCCUCCCCCACCCCACUUUUUUUUUUCACUCCCAUCACUAACUCGCCGCCCCAGCUUAAUUACCGCCCACAGCGCUCUCGCUACCCACAUGAUCUACCAAGCCCGUACCCUCCGCAACCUCUCCCUCGGCGUAAACCUCUCCGACGCGCCGUUGGACGACGACACCUUGGACCUCCUCCUCCCGCUAAUAGAUCUAAUGCCGCGCCCGGCCUCCGGCGCACUUACCGAACUUGCGAGCCUCCACGCCCUCACCCUCUCGCUCACCUCGCAGCUCUCCUUCCUUUCCGACACUCUACACAUGGUGCGCCAGUCCUCCAUCGCUGCGAACCGGAAACUGCGCGUGGCGAAGGAGGCCUGUGCUGACUGGAAAUCGGAGCUGGAGCGAGUCGAGCGCUCGAGGCGCUGGAUCGAGGACGGCGAUUGGGAUGCCAAGUGUCGGAAUAGAAACGCGGCGAGUGUGUGCUCUCAGGUCACGGAUGAAUUUGAAGACGUGUGUAGGGGAUUUGAGGAGAGUUUGAGGGCGCAGGCUGUUGUCGCGUGAUUUCUUUCCCUCGUGGAGGCAUGGAGGGGGUAUCUGGGCUUUGCAUAGUACCCUGUGUUUUGUUCGUUCCUGUUUGGUCUGGUUUAUCUGGUGGGGGUAAUUGUUGGUUGGCUGGUCGGUGGUCUAAUUGGAUGGAUCGGACCGGACUGGGUUUUGGCGCAGAUAGAGUGGUGGGGUUAAACUUUGACACGAUAUAGAGAACACUAUAAUUUUUGUUUUGUUUACUGGUAGUUUUCUAGGCCCAUCGGGGAGAGCUUCCCCUAGUCUGGCAGAACAUUCGCGGCACGUGUAACGCAACCGAUAGAAUAGAACAGGAUACGGAUACCGGUACCGCCUCGAUUCAAUCCACAACCAAAAAGAGAGAAAGCUCACCCUCCCUGGGUCUCCCACGAGUGACACUUUGUGACUAAUACACGUGAUUAAACUACCCCUUUCCACCACAACCCCUCAACCCCACCCCUCCCUCCUCUUUGGGGACAUCGUAAAUCCACAACUAUGAAAACUGUGAUAUAAUAUGACGUGAGCCUCCAACGUAAACCCGACCCUCGGGAAUUCAUAAUUCAUCGCAAUAACCUCCCGUUGUGAUCGCUACUUCUUCCCCUUUGCCACCUUGGCCAAUGACUCCACUGGGGGAAAAGCCAUUACGACGUUCGUUCGUUCGUUCGUUCGUUCGUGUAGGGGGGGUUGGAGUUCAGGGAGCUAAUUGGGUCCUUGCGUGACAGGGGUGAAGGUCGGGAUAAUUGUGCUGUGCACACGAUCGACUUUAUAGUAUCAUAUCGUACGGAUGAGGAUGGGGGAUGGAGGUGCAUGCAAGGGGUUGGAUCGUGAUAUGAUAAUCGUAGUUUGGGAGAAGGAUAUGUGUG